AGCGCGUCAGUAGAGCGGACAGAGUGGUGAGGUGAGGAGUGUGUCGCUCCAAGCCUAGAUAUACUUGAAGCUCGACACACUGCCCGUGAAAUUUGCUCUCUGCUUAGAUUGUCGAAGAGUGUACAGCAGUGGAUGUCGGAGCAGUGACAGCUCGUAUUUCAGACCAUCACCGACAGUUGCCGUAUACAGCGAACUAUUUAUUUUAAACAAGCAGUGACAUAGAGACGCAGGAGGUCCAGGAUGGAAACCGAAGCACAGGCAGGAACCACCCAGGGUAAACUAACACAAUAUGGAAUACAAAAACUGUAUAGCAUAAAUCCCGACCAACAACAAAUCACUGUUCAGGUCGUGUUCUUCGCCUUCCAUGGAACGCGGUACUACCUUCGCUUGGCGGACGGGGAGGAGCUGUCUCCGAUCGUCCUCAUGGAGAAGAGCGUCUAUGGCUCUGACUUCGGCUUGGGUGACGUCAUUGUGAUUAAACAGCGAGCAUGCCACCCAGAUGACAAACCAGAAUGGGAGAAGGGACUAGAAGACAACGACUUCUGGCAUAUCUAUAUAACGGAGUACACUGUCUCUGACCAUUUCAGUACAGUCAGGAGAGUGAUUGGAACUUACGAUGAAAUUGCCCAAAGUUACCGGGAGUCAGUUAAAAGUAUCCGUCAUUUCUUAGAAGACAAAAGUUAUAACAUGAAUGUGAACGCCCUGGUUUCUGUGACCCCAAUAAAAGUCGAAGUCAUCGGUAAGGCUUCUAGGUUUUCGAGAGAUAUUGCUAACUUAUCUCACUAUCUUCUGGACUACAAAAGCGCCGUUAAAGAGUAUUCUAAAGCUAUAAGACAUGACCUUUAUAACUCCACGAGUUGGUCCAACUGCAGCCAGACCUUCCUGAGGACCAGAGACUACGCUGAUGCCGAACAGUUCGCAAUCAUCGCCCUUAAGUUCAAUCCGUUUCACGAGAAGUCAUACAUACGACUGGUGCAAUCAGCGCUGGCACAAGGAAAUGUACCCCAGGCACAUCAUUAUGCCCGCGCUGCCAAGUUCAUGUGCCGCGCCAACAAACCUGCGAGGGCAUUUUUGAAAAAGGCUUUUGCCCGUUUUGAUGAACUUUCAACAGUGGCUUUCAUUCAGCCUUUCCCAGUGAGAACGCUAGGAAAAAUAUAUUCAUUUUUAUAUUCGUCAAGUAAGAUAAAAUUAACAUACGAGGGAAAGAGAGUGACUCUUGACAAAGACGCGAGAAUUAGUGAAGUGGCGAAUGAAGAGUGGGAGUUGGAAGUAAUGCCCUUGUCUCUGAUCUACAAUCUCCAUAUUUCCAGGAAUGACCAGUUUUUAACACUUCUGAAAACUGAAAACAGAAGGAGCUUAAUGAAAAUGUUGAAGGAAAGUGACAAAUAUGAGGAAGAAAAGCAGAAAAAAAACUUAGUGAGAGAACUCUUACACCUCUACAAUAUGAAGAAGGACAGGAAAAGGAGAGAACAAAAUAUCAAGAGAAGAAAUCAACAGCAAAAGUCGAGAGAAAAUGUAAGGAUAAAGAUACAGAAGGAACAAGAGAGCAGAAGAGAACUGGAAGAAAGACUGCAGCAGAGAGAACUGAGUAUGAUGAAGAAAAUGAAUGUGGAAGUAAAAUCAAAGACGAAAAAAAAACCUACGAGUCAAGAAAUUUUCCUGGAAACUUGUGAGAAUGGAAGAAGAUUCUUUGAGGAGCAUCACUAUCGUCAAGCUGUCAUGGCUUUUGAGAAGAGUAUGGAGGAACAUCUCAGAAAACAAAAAGGUGACCUGAAGGAAAUCCACUUUGCAGCAGCCUUGUGUGAGAUACAAUCUGGACGAGGCUACAUUACUGAUGGUAUGGAUAUUCUGAAGGUUUUGGCGUGUGACCCGGAAUUUGCACCAGCUGCCAACUAUUGGCUUGCAGUUAGUCACGAGAAAAUUUGUAUGUUUAAAAGGGCAGGGACAUAUGCAGAGUCUUGUCUUAACCAACUAAAAGAAAAUGGAGACUAUAAAGGAAAUAUGUGGCCUGGUACUUCCGAGAUCAUUCCUGAAACUACCCCUGCAUAUUUGGCAAAAGGCUCCAAGGAAGUGCGUGAGCGGGUGACAUCAUCAGUUCCAGCACCUAAGGCAAAGUGCCAUCUGAGUAAUUGCUGUUCCGUUCAAGGUCAUGAUUUUGCCAAGCAGGAAAUUUAUUUACAAGACCUUGAGUUCAAAGGUUACAUAAAUGUGACAUGUGAGGAGGACUGUAUCAUCAGUUUCCAUCAUGUGUGCUGGAAAUCCUUGAAGGAACAAGAUAAAAAUGCCAAGAAAAAAGAUAAGGAUUUCCUUGGUACAGAAUGCCUAACUCCAGAUUGUUCAGGCCUGAUACAUAGCAUAACUAUUUAUGACAGUAACAAUGAAAUCAAAUUGGAACUAGUUAAAGAUAAAAAAAGAAAUGACAGUACUGUAAAGGAAAAGAAGAAAAAGGAAAAGAAGAAGGAGAAACCAACAGUAACCAAACCAGAAACACGUGAAAAGAAGAAAGAGAGGCAAGGAGGCGCCAGCAAAGAAGCUUCUGGAUUAGAACAGACACUACAACUGAAUGACACAGAUACUGCACAAGAAAUGGAGUCAACUGUUCCUGAAGCUCCUGCUCUGCCAAUUGAUCCUGAAAGUCUGGAAUGGACAAACGUUACUGUGCUCAAGCCAUCUGCUGAAGAAGAACAGACAGACAAGCCAAAAUCCAUAAAGAAAAAGAAGAAAAAGAAGAAAAAGAAAGCCACACCUCAAGCUGAUCUUUUAGGAGAUCCACUAGAUGCAUCUGAAAAUGUUGAGAAUGAAUAUGUAGCACGUCUAAAAUUACUGAAGCAGGAGAAAGAAGAGAAAAUGAUGUCCAAUGCAGAACUAAGGAAAUUGAAGAGGGCAAGAGCUCUACAAGAAAGGAAGGACUCAAGAAAUGAUGCCUCGGAUAAUGUGGGGGAACUGCUCUCUGAAUGUCAACCUGUCCAACCGAUUGACCCAAACAACCCAUUCUUCAUACCAAAAGAUCUUAGAAAAGAUAAUGUGAAAUUUGAGCAGUUCUUAAAGGGAGAAAAAUUUGGUGGAAAAACUUUGAAGGACCCGCUGCUGAAGCCAGUUGUUCCUUGUUAUGAUGGUGACAUUAAUAUUAAUAUUCAAAGUGGGCUUCAAGAGGCAGGUCGAAAAAACAGAACGGAAUCCACCAGUUCUUCUGACAGUUUUGAAGAUCCAGUCACAGAAAUUGAGAGUGGAGCAUGUGCUGAUCCAAGAGCAGAAGUUCUUGAUCUACUAGGCUCUGAUGUUGAUGUUGAUGUUACUUGUUCAAUUUGUCUAGAACCAUAUGAUGAUUUUGUCUCAGAGACCCUUGACUGUGGACACAGAUUCCACCACAAAUGCAUAAGAUAUUGGCUAAAACAACAGUCAAAUUGCCCAAACUGUCGGAAAUUUGCACUAACAGAGGAAGACUAUCCAUCAUUAUUAGAUGCGAGAAAAUGGUUAUCACUAUGAUUUUUUCGCAAGCUUUAACUAUUAACAGACCUUUAAGUCUUUUUAAUGUUUCCAAACAAUGUUUAUAAUGUUCUCAAGUACAAGGUCUGAAUGAAAAGUAUCAAACCUUUAGCUAUAAAGUGCUGGAACCUUCCCCCCUCCCCCUCAAAAUAGACACCCUGGCUCUAUGCAUAAGUAGUCAAUCAGUCUUCCGAUUUCUGGACACAUGCAACGGGUUUUUAUUACUUACUUUAUGUUUCCCUUGAUCUUCAAAAACAUUCCAAAUGGUAAAACUGUUUAACACAUUGGCAAUGGAUAUGUGCACUGUCUACUGUUUCUUUUUAUAAAUUUUGUUUACAAAGAUAGCUCUACAAGAACUUAGUCAGGAAGCAUUUGUUUCCAUGGUGACUAAGGUCUUCUAGAUUCACUUAUAGAAAAAAUAGAAUUACAAAUAAAAUAAAAUCAUAGUGGUCUGAGUAUAUAAGAACAUACCCUCCUAGCAUCUGUUGGUUCACAUGGAGUACUAUUAAGAGUUGUAGACUGUGCCAAACUCCUGCCUUGUACUCUACAACACCUCUGCCCAUAACAGAUUAAAAUAAAUGUAAUGGGGAAGGCAAAGACAUCCCCACAAAAAUGACUUUGAGAAGUAUUUUCAUCAGUGAUAUACAUCAUGGGCUUUUUGUGUAUGGAGCCAGGGAAUGAAAGUUUCUUCAGAGGAACAAACUGUACAGAUUUUAUUUAAUAUGCAAAUAUGUGGGUCUAUUUUUAAGGUAAUAAUAUGUUAAAAAUACUUUUAAAUAAAUGCUUAGAUAGUUGG